AGACGGCGGCGCCGGGCCCGGUAUGGCGCGGCUCGCAAGCCGGCCUGAGAGCCAGCGAGAGCAGGACCUACGCGCGCUCAUCCGCCAGGUCACCGGCCUGCAGGACGAGGCGGACCCCAACUUCCAGCUGGCCCUGAGCUUCGCCUGGUCCAACUUCAGAUUCCAUCGUUUCUUGGAUGUCAACAGCCACAAAAUAGAAAAGACAAUAGAAGGAAUUUAUGAAAAAUUCAUCAUCCAUUCUGAUCUCAACAAAGCUGCCAGUUGGAAAAGAUUAACUGAGGAAUUUCUAAAUGCAUCACUGCCCAGCAUAGAGGAAAUAAAGACAGAUGCUCAUUAUUCCAUUCUGUCGCUCCUCCUGUGUCUUUCUGAUUCUCCUUCAAACAGCAGUUAUGUGGAAACACCAAGAGAUAAAGAAGUGGAAAAAGAAGAUGAUUUUGACUGGGGAAAAUACUUGAUGGAAGGUGAAGAAAUUGACCUUGGUCCAAACAUACACACACCAAAUUGGUCUGAAGACAGUGAAGAUGAAGACACUCAGCAGCCCUUGAGUCGGGAGGACUCUGGGAUCCAGGUGGACCGGACUCCGCUGGAAGAACAAGAUGCGCACAGAAAACUGGGUCUGCACGUCAGCUGGAAAGACGAGCCCAGUAGCCGCAGCUGGCUGGAGCAGCACGUGGUUCGUCUGUACUGGACGUCCAGAGCCUCGAGGAGCCCACACAGUUUGCAUUUGCACUCCAACCUCGCUGCGGUCUGGGACCAGCACCUGUACAGCAGUGAUCCGUUGUAUGUUCCUGAGGACAAGGUUGUUGUCACUGAGACACAGGUUAUUCGGGAAACUCUGUGGUUACUUUCAGGGGUUAAAAAGCUCUUUAUAUUUCAAGUGAUAGAUGGGAAGGUGACUGUGAGAAACAAUAUUAUAGUGACUCAUCUGACACAUAGCUGUUUGCGAUCUGUGCUGGAACAAAUAGCGGCCUAUGGCCAGGUGGUGUUCCGGCUCCAGGAGUUCAUCGACGACGUCAUGGGACACAGCUCUGAAAGCCUGUUACCUGGGGACAGCUGCACUCCUAAGAAGUCAGCUGAGGCUCCCUUCAGAACCUACCAGGCUUUCAUGUGGGCCCUGUACAAGUAUUUCAUCAGCUUCAAGGAAGAGCUUACCGAAAUUGAGAAGUGCAUCAUCAGUAAUGAUACCACGAUAACUCUUGCAAUAGUGGUAGACAAGUUGUCACCUCGACUGGCUCAGCUCAACGUUUUGAACAAAGUGUUCAGCACUGGAGUUGCAGAGGUUCCACCAGACACUCGGAAUGUCGUGCGGGCAUCUCACCUGCUCAACACGCUGUACAAGGCCAUUCUUGAGUACGACAAUGUUGGAGAAGCCUCUGAGCAAACUGUUUCCCUCCUCUUCUCUCUCUGGGUGGAGACGGUGCGGCCCUACCUGCAGACUGUGGACGAGUGGAUUGUGCACGGGCACCUGUGGGACAGCGCCAAGGAGUUCAUCAUACAGAGGAAUAAAAAUGUGCCAGUAAAUCACAGAGACUUCUGGUAUGCAACGUACACGCUGUACAGCGUGUCGGAAAAGACGGAGAACGAGGAGAAGCUGAGCGAGGGCUCCAGCCCGAGUCCGGGCAGCGAGCCGGCAGCCGGCAGCAGGCAGCACACCAUGGUGUCCUUCCUCAAGCCUGUGCUCAAGCAGAUCAUCAUGGCUGGCAAGUCCAUGCAGCUGCUGCGGAACCUGCACUGCGCCGCUGGCGCCGCAGGCCAGGCGGCCGCCCCAGAUGCAGAGAGAAAAAGCUUGUACACCCUCUUUCUGGAAUCUGUCCAGUCACGUCUUCGAUGUGGGGAAGAUUCUGCAGCACAGGUCCUCACUGAGCAGCAGGCAGCCAAGGAGAACCUGAUUAAGAUGCAGUCCAUUGCAGAAGGGCAUCUGGAACUGGAGGACACCCAUGACCCCCUGCUGGCCAUGAACUUUGCAAGGUUGUAUUUGGAGCAAAGUGACUUUCAUGAGAAGUUUGCUGGUGGUGAUAUAUGUAUGGAUAGGUCGUCAGAAUCUGUGACAUGCCAGACUUUUGAGUUAACACUGAGGUCUUGCCUCUAUCCACAUAUUGAGAAGCAGUAUCUAGAUUGCUGUGGAAAUCUCAUGCAAACCUUAAAAAGAGAUUACAGGUUGGUGGAGUACUUGCAGGCCAUGAGAAAUUUUUUCCUAAUGGAAGGUGGAGACACCAUGUAUGACUUCUACACAUCAAUUUUUGAUAAAAUAAGAGAAAAGGAGCCCUGGCAGAAUGUGUCUUUUCUCAACGUCCAGCUCCAAGAAGCAGUCGGACAGCGUUACCCUGAAGACAGUUCACGAUUGUCCAUAUCUUUUGAAAAUGUUGACACAGCUAAGAAGAAGCUACCUGUUCAUGUCUUAGAUGGCCUGACCCUGAGCUACAAAGUCCCCUGGCCUGUGGAUAUUGUUAUAAGUUUGGAGUGUCAAAAAAUUUAUAACCAGGUGUUCCUGCUUCUCUUGCAAAUAAAAUGGGCAAAAUAUAGUCUGGAUGUUUUACUAUUUGGUGAACUGGCUAAUGCGGCUGAAAAAGUGAAGCCCAAGAGAGGCCCUGCGUGUGAACAAGACACAGUGGCUCCGUUCGGACCCCAGAAGGCGCCAGUGAGACAGCAGAUCCACCGCAUGUUCCUCCUCAGAGUGAAGCUUAUGCAUUUCGUGAACAGUUUACACAACUAUAUCAUGACAAGGAUUCUUCACAGUACUGGGCUAGAGUUCCAGCAUCAAGUGGAGGAAGCCAAGGAUUUGGAUCAGUUGAUUAAAAUUCACUAUAGGUACUUGUCCACCAUCCACGACCGAUGUUUGCUGAGGGAAAAGGUGAGCUUUGUGAAGGAAGCUAUCAUGAAGGUGUUGAACUUGGCCCUCAUGUUUGCAGAAGGGUGGCAGGCGGGCCUGGGCGCUUGGCAAAUGGAAUCUAUAGAGAAAAUGGAGUCUGACUUUAAGAACUGCCAUAUGUUCCUUGUCACCAUUUUAAACAAAGCUGUCUGCAGAGGAUCUUUUCCCCACUCACAGUGGCUUUGUGUCCCAUCCUGUCCCAGCAUGGCGGCCCAGGUGACGCUGGAGGACGCCCUGUCCAACGUGGACCUCCUGGAGGAGCUGCCCCUGCCGGACCAGCAGCCCUGCAUCGAGCCCCCGCCAUCGUCACUGCUCUACCAGCCGAACUUCAACACGAACUUUGAAGACAGAAAUGCGUUUGUCACUGGGAUUGCCCGGUACAUCGAGCAGGCGACCGUCCACUCCAGCAUGAACGAGAUGCUGGAGGAGGGCCAAGAGUACGCGGUCAUGCUGUACACCUGGAGGAGCUGCUCGCGGGCCAUCCCACAGAGAAACGCCAUCGAGCGCUUCUGCGGGGAGGUGAGGCGCCUGUGCCACGCGGAGCGGAGGAAGGACUUCGUGUCGGAGGCCUACCUCAUCACGCUGGGCAAGUUCAUCAACAUGUUCGCCGUGCUGGACGAGCUGAAGAACAUGAAGUGCAGCGUGAAGAACGACCACUCCGCGUACAAGAGGGCCGCUCAGUUUCUGCGUAAAAUGGCAGACCCCCAGUCCAUUCAGGAGUCGCAGAAUCUGUCCAUGUUCCUGGCCAACCACAACAAGAUCACACAGUCUCUGCAGCAGCAGCUCGAGGUCAUUUCCGGUUACGAGGAGCUCCUGGCAGACAUCGUGAACCUGUGCGUGGACUGCUACGAGAACAGGAUGUACCUGACGCCCAGUGAGAAGCACAUGCUACUCAAAGUCAUGGGGUUCGGUCUCUACCUGAUGGACGGGAGCGUCAGCAACAUCUACAAACUGGACGCCAAGAAGAGAAUCAACUUGUCCAAAAUUGACAAGUACUUCAAGCAGCUGCAGGUGGUUCCCCUCUUUGGGGACAUGCAGAUAGAACUGGCGAGAUACAUCAAGACCAGCGCCCACUACGAGGAAAAUAAGUCUCGGUGGACCUGCACGUCCUCGAGCAGCAGCCCGCAGUACAACAUCUGUGAGCAGAUGAUCCAGAUCCGCGAGGACCACAUGCGCUUCAUCUCGGAGCUGGCGCGCUACAGCAACAGCGAGGUGGUGACGGGGUCGGGGCGCCAGGAUGCCCAAAAGACGGACGCAGAGUACCGCAAGCUCUUCGACCUGGCGCUGCAGGGCCUGCAGCUGCUGUCGCAGUGGAGCGCGCACGUGAUGGAAGUGUACUCCUGGAAGCUUGUGCACCCGACCGACAAGUACUCGAACAAGGACUGCCCCGACAACGCCGAGGAGUACGAGCGCGCCACCCGCUACAACUACACCAGCGAGGAGAAGUUCGCCCUGGUGGAGGUGAUCGCCAUGAUCAAAGGCCUGCAGGUGCUGAUGGGCAGGAUGGAGAGCGUGUUCAACCACGCCAUCCGGCACACCGUCUACGCCGCCCUGCAGGACUUCUCCCAGGUGACCCUCCGGGAGCCCCUGCGGCAGGCCAUCAGGAAGAAGAAGAACGUCAUCCAGAGUGUCCUGCAGGCCAUCAGGAAGACCGUGUGUGACUGGGAGACUGGACACGAGCCCUUCAAUGACCCUGCUCUGCGGGGAGAGAAGGACCCCAAGAGUGGCUUCGACAUUAAAGUGCCGCGCCGCGCCGUGGGACCCUCAAGCACGCAGCUUUACAUGGUGAGAACCAUGCUAGAGUCCCUCAUUGCAGAUAAAAGUGGCUCCAAGAAAACCUUGAGAAGUAGCCUUGAGGGGCCCGCCAUAUUGGACAUAGAAAAAUUUCAUCGAGAGUCAUUCUUCUACACUCACUUGAUAAAUUUCAGUGAGACUCUGCAGCAGUGCUGUGACCUCUCUCAGCUGUGGUUCCGAGAGUUCUUCCUGGAGCUGACCAUGGGCAGGAGGAUCCAGUUUCCCAUUGAGAUGUCCGUGCCCUGGAUCCUGACCGACCACAUCCUGGAGACCAAGGAGGCCUCGAUGAUGGAGUACGUGCUCUACUCCCUGGACCUGUACAACGACAGCGCCCACUACGCACUCACCCGCUUCAGCAAGCAGUUCCUCUACGACGAGAUCGAGGCAGAGGUGAAUCUGUGUUUUGACCAGUUUGUGUACAAGCUUGCGGACCAGAUAUUCGCAUAUUACAAGGUUAUGGCUGGAAGUCUGCUUCUUGACAAACGGUUGCGCUCGGAGUGCAAGAGCCAGGGUGCCGCCAUCCACCUGCCGCCGUCCAACCGCUACGACACGCUGCUCAAGCAGAGGCACGUGCAGCUCCUGGGCAGAUCCAUCGACCUCAAUCGCCUGAUCACACAGCGCGUGUCCGCAGCCAUGUACAAGUCUCUGGAGCUGGCGAUCGGACGAUUCGAGAGCGAGGACCUGACGUCCAUAGUUGAGCUAGAUGGCCUCUUGGAAAUCAACCGCAUGACCCACAAGCUGCUGAGUCGGUACCUGACCCUGGACAGCUUCGACGCCAUGUUUCGGGAAGCCAACCACAACGUGUCGGCGCCCUACGGGAGAAUCACCCUCCACGUCUUCUGGGAGCUCAACUACGACUUCCUGCCCAACUACUGCUACAAUGGCUCCACCAACCGGUUUGUUCGGACAGUAUUACCUUUUUCUCAGGAAUUUCAAAGAGAUAAACAACCAAAUGCACAACCCCAAUAUUUACAUGGAUCCAAGGCUUUGAACCUGGCCUACUCCAGCAUUUACGGCAGCUACCGGAACUUCGUGGGGCCGCCGCACUUCCAGGUCAUCUGCCGGCUGCUUGGCUACCAGGGCAUCGCAGUGGUCAUGGAGGAGCUGCUGAAGGUUGUCAAGAGCCUGCUCCAGGGCACGAUCCUGCAGUACGUGAAGACGCUGAUGGAAGUGAUGCCCAAGAUCUGCCGCCUGCCCCGGCACGAGUAUGGCUCUCCCGGGAUCCUGGAGUUCUUCCACCACCAGCUGAAGGACAUCGUGGAGUACGCGGAGCUGAAGACCGUGUGCUUCCAGAACCUGCGGGAGGUGGGCAACGCCGUGCUCUUCUGCUUGCUGAUCGAGCAGAGCCUGUCUUUAGAAGAAGUGUGCGAUCUGUUGCAUGCGGCCCCUUUCCAGAACAUCUUGCCACGAGUCCAUGUGAAAGAGGGGGAGAGGCUCGAUGCCAAAAUGAAAAGGCUGGAGUCGAAGUACGCCCCGCUGCACCUCGUCCCACUGAUCGAGAGGCUGGGGACCCCACAGCAAAUUGCAAUCGCGAGGGAGGGGGACUUGCUGACCAAGGAGCGCCUCUGCUGUGGCCUGUCCAUGUUCGAGGUCAUCCUGACCCGGAUCCGGACCUUUCUGGACGACCCCAUCUGGCGCGGGCCUCUCCCCAGCAAUGGGGUCAUGCAUGUGGAUGAGUGUGUGGAAUUCCACAGGCUGUGGAGCGCCAUGCAGUUUGUGUACUGCAUUCCUGUGGGGACACACGAGUUCACCGUGGAGCAGUGUUUCGGCGACGGGCUGCACUGGGCCGGCUGCAUGAUCAUGGUGCUGCUCGGGCAGCAGCGGCGCUUCGCGGUGCUGGACUUCUGCUACCAUCUGCUCAAGGUACAGAAGCACGACGGCAAGGACGAGAUCAUCAAAAACGUGCCUUUGAAGAAGAUGGUGGAGCGGAUUCGCAAGUUCCAGAUCCUCAACGACGAGAUCAUCACCAUCCUGGACAAGUACCUGAAGUCCGGCGACGGGGAGAGCACCCCCGUGGAGCACGUGCGCUGCUUCCAGCCGCCCAUCCACCAGUCUCUGGCCAGCAGCUGAGGGGCGGGGCGGGGCGCCCCCGCGAGCCGCUGUCGGCGCCGUUCUUGCUGAGAAGUGCUUAGUGAGUUUUAGGGACUAUUUUUCAGUACCUCUGUACUUGUUUAAGGGGGUACUUUUUCAUCUAAAAGCUUAUUUUAUAAAACUGACUUAUUUUUCUAGACUAAAAUUGUAUACGCUUUUGGUAAUGGGAGUCUGAGAGUACCGGCCGCUCGUCGUGGCCGUCCCGUUCUUACAGGGUUAGUCUCAGGUUUCCUGUCCCAGCAGCUGAGCUCAUUCGUCUUCCCUAGUAAGCUUAACACCUGUUAACUGUACUGAAAUCCUACGCCAACUACCAUUAAACUUCACGACUUUAGCUGUACUGCAAGGGUUUUCUGGUCUUUUAUGAGCCAUGUUUUCUAAGUCAUUAUCCCUCUUUUGUGCCAGUGUUUUAGAAGACAGUCAACUCGAUUCUUUGGUUUCCACUAAAUCCAAGUACGAUGAAAGCCAAUUUGUGAGGAGUACAGGUUAGAAAAAUAAAACUAAUAAAACCUA